UUUUAUGCAGACUAGCAAAGUCAGUUGUCAAAAAACGUUCAUAAGUGAAGUGAGAACUCAGAGAAAUUCAUGCUAAACUGUUUCAGAAUUUAAUAAAAUAGUUUUAAAAUCAAAAAUGAGUUACUAUACAGAUGAUUCCUUAGAAUUCCCGUUGAUGUACGAUGAAGACGAUAAUUAUGUUCUUGUGUAUAUCGACGGUGCAUGUAUGUAUAAUGGAAGGUGGAAUGCUUCGGCGGGCAUUGGUGUAGUCUUUGGCAUUGACCAUCCCAACAAUUAUGGGGGACCCGUUCGUGGUCGUCGUGCCACAAACAAUUCGGCAGAAAUUCAAGCAGCUACAUGGGCCAUCAAUGAAGUCAACAACAUGGAUAUUGGCAUUGAUGCGAUUCGUUUAAUGACUGAUUCACAUUUUUUGAUGAAUUCUAUAAAUCAAUGGUUACAUUUGUGGAAACGGAACAAUUGGCACAAGACCAACGGUGAACCAUUGGCAAACCGAAUUGAUUUCAUACAUCUUGACCGUGCGAUGCGUAAUUUUGACGGUCUUGUCGAUGUUGACUACGUUCCAUCACAUAUGGGUGAUCCGUACAAUGAAUUGGCAGACGAACUUGCUAAGAUGGGCGCCGAAGAAUACUACUACAAUCGUCUUCAUUAAGUACAAUAACACAAAAAAAUUCCUCAAUUUAUGCGUAAACAUUUCCUCACAAAUAUUAUUCAUUAAUUAUUAAAUUUAUUUAAAAAAAAAACACACAAAAACUCGAAAAAAAAUUUAAAAGCUAUUUUAAGAACUAAAUGCAAUGAUAAACUUUUUCGUGUAUCUAAACUAAAAUGAUUGUUAAACAUGUAAUAGCUAAUAAAAUGAUAUUUAUAUAUUUGAUCAGAA